AUGAGCUCGCCGCGGUCGUCGGCGUCGUCAGAGGAGUCCCUCCGCGCGCUAGAAUAUGCGCAGGGGCCAGAAAGAGGACAUCGCGGGCGGUCGUACUCUAUCAGCGGCUUCGAGUUCGCGGAGAACUUGCUCCCGCUGACGGCAAGCGUGUCCGCUCCCGAAACGCUUCCAGGAGGCGACCAGCAUGAGAAGAACAUAGGGCUGAUCAAUGGCAUUGCGCUCAUCGUCGGACUUCAGAUCGGCUCAGGUAUAUUCUCGUCACCCGGAGUUGUGAUAGCGAACACGAACUCAGUGGGAGCUAGUUUGCUCGUAUGGCUUGCGUCCGGUAUACUAGCAUGGACGGGUGCGAGCUCCUUUGCGGAGCUUGGCUCCGCUAUCCCGCAAAAUGGUGGCGCGCAGGCUUACCUUUCUUACGCGUACGGCCCUCUCAUGGCCUACCUAUUCGCCUGGUCUGCUAUAAUCGCGCUGAAGCCUGGCGGCAAUGCCGUCAUCUCACUCAUCUUCGCGGAGUAUCUCAAUCGCCUGUUCUUCCACGCAACGCGCGCGCAAGCUGACCCCGAUGCAAUCCCACAAUGGGCUAUCAAGCUUACCGCGCUGAUCGCUGUAUUCGUCGUCACCUUACUCUCUGUCGGAACUCGCCAGCUGGGGACGCGUGCGGCCGUUGUAUUCACGACGGUCAAGGUCGCUGCACUCAUUGCAGUCACUGUCAUCGGCAUCGUGCAGUUGGCGAGAGGUUCGGCCUCAUCAGCAUUCCAGCGGCCUCUCUUUGAAGGUGCAAGUCAUAGCCCGGCUGCGUACUCGCUCGCAUUGUACUCCGGGCUUUGGGCAUUUGACGGUUGGGAUCAGGCAAACUACGUCGGUGGCGAGAUACACAAUCCAGCUCGUAACAUACCACGCGCGAUACAUUCGAGUAUGACCCUGGUCAUCUUGCUUUUCUUGCUCGCGAAUGUGUCCUACUUCGUUGUGCUCGAUGCUGAGACAGUCGGUCGUAGCAAUACUGUGGCGAUGGACUUCGGUCGCGCUGUAAUGGGUCCUGCAGGCGGCGCUAUCUUCGCGGCCAUGGUCGCCAUCAGUUGCUUUGGCGCACUGAACGGCUCCUUCUUCACUUCCUCACGUCUUGUAUAUGCAGCCGGCCGCGAGGGAUACCUUCCGGCACUCUUCGGGCGCCUGCACUCGAGCCGAGGCACGCCCAUCAAUGCAGCCCUCCUACAAGCAGCGCUUACCGGACUCUUCAUCGUCGUUGGCGGUGGCUUCAGAAGCAUGGUCAACUUCUCUGUCGUAGCGAGUUGGGCAUUCUACUUCUUGACCGUCCUCGGCUUGGUCAUACUGCGCGUGAAGGAACCGAUGCUCGAGAGACCCUACAAGACAUUCCUGAUAACGCCGCUCGUGUUCUGCGCCGUAGCAUUGUUCUUAUUAUGCAUGCCAGUCAUUGCAGCGCCAUUAGAAGCCGGCGCGGUGCUGGCCUUCGUACUUGCGGGGAUCCCUGUAUACUACAUCACAGGACGCGCAAGAGAAACACCAAGGAUAUUCUCAAUAAUAGCAGCCAGCGCACCAGCGCAAUGGCUAGCUGCCCGACCACCCAUAUCCUGGAUAGCCUCCCGAUUGGGCGGCGGGCAUGGCGUCGGGCACGGGUGGGAGACGCUGGCGACGGAAGAGCCAGAGCCAGUAGAGAUGACGGAGGGAAGGACACAUGGGCGAUAG